AUGUCGGACGUAGAUAUUCCUUCACACCUCAUUUUAACACCAAAACAAAAAGAACAAUUAUGUUCUCUCCCAGUUUCUAGGUUUACUGAUAUAAAAUGGGAGUCACAAACCGACGCCGCUUCAUUCUUGAGGGAACAUGAACUUAUACUUGAAGAACCGAAACGCAAAUUGAAAGUGCGUUAUAGUAAUAAAGCUAAGGGUAUCCGUCUUUUACAAUGUUGUUGUGGAACUGAUGCAAGCUUAAGACCAAAAAACGGUAACUCAAAAGCUCGAAAAUCAAGACAAACUUACAAGUUUGUUGGAUGUCUAGCGUAUGCGCGGAUUAAAAAAUUUAAAAAUAAUUGCAUAGGCAUUACCGGUCACCUUAUACACUCGAAAGACUGCCAACGUCAAAAGCCUUCAUACGUUCUUGAUAAUUGUAAAAAAACUAAAAACGAAAUUAAAAAUUACGAAUAUGCAACAGAACGCAAAGCUAAAGAAAACGAAAUUAAAAAUUACGAAUAUGUAACAGAAUGCAAAACUAAAGAAGUCGAUGUUGAAAAUAAUGAUCAAUAUGCAACCAAAACCGAAGAAUGUAACGAUAUUGAAAAUGAUGAAUUUGUAACAAAAACUAAUGCCGAGAGAUUCGAAAAAGAAAUCAAAGCUUGGGACGUAAGUAAUAACAAGCUUAUGUCAAAGGACGAAAUUGACGAAAUUAAUAGUAUCUUACAAUUUUUGAAUCUCCUGAAUUCUGAAUAA